AAGCACGUAGCAGACCCAAAUUAGCGCUGCAGAAAUGGCGACGGACGGUGUUAGCCUCUCGCUGAAGCUCCCGUGCGUUUUUUCACCCAAAUCGCGACAGUACUUAGCCGUGUGUGCCCAGGAUGGCAGACUUCGGGUCUGGAACACGGACAGUAAAACCCUUCACCAAGAAUAUGUGCCUUCAGCCCAUUUAAGCGCCACCUGUACGUGCGUAGCUUGGGGACCAUGCCGGACAGUGAAGGAGGGGCCUCAGAGGAAGAAGAGGAAAUCAGAGGCAGCCCAGGUGGAGGAGAAGGCUGAUCUGUUGGCUAUGGGCACAGCAGCUGGAACUGUCCUCAUCUACAGUACAGCGAAGGGAUCCCUGCACUGCACUCUGGACGGAGGUCACAGUGGAGGAGUGAACUGUGUCCACUGGCAUCCAGAAGACAGCUUGUUAUACAGCGGCUCAGACGACACAAACAUCGUGGAGUGGGACCUGCAGACCGGGAAGACACGGAGUAAGUGGAAAGCAGACCGAGCAGCAGUGACCAGUUUAUGCGUGAGCCCCGAUGGGAAACUUCUGCUCUCGGCUGGACACGUGAUCAAAAUGUGGGAUUUAGAGACGAAGGUGGUCUACAGGAAAUUCACAGGCCACUCCACAGCUGUAACGACCUUGCGAUUUGCCACCACGCGGCCUCCCGACAGCAACGGCCUUUACUUCCUGUCAGGAGCAGCACACGAUCGACUGCUCAGUGUUUGGCAAGUACGAGAAGAUGGCAAGGACAAAAACUCUGUGGUUUCCUUCACUUUGACGGAUGAACCCCAACACGUCGACCUCAUCACAUCCAGCAGCAAGGAAGAGGCUGUGAGGCUGGCAGUAGUGUGUAAGGACGGACAGCUGCAUCUGUUUGAACACUUUUUAAAUGGGCCUUGUAAGAAGCCGCUGUCACCAUCGUGUUCGGUGCAGAUGUCUGACACGAAGGAGUCCCCGAUGCCGAUCCCGCUGCUGGCCGCUGCCCUCGGAGCCGAUCCGCGGUCGGUGCUGCUCGCAUACGGCAACUAUCUGCAACCCGUUAUGGAGAACGCAGAGAUCAACACGGCAGAGAGACAUGUCUGUUUGGCUCGAGACCUUAAGACCAACCUGUCCCUUUCUAUGGAGACCACUGUCUCUAAGGUGAAAACUCCAAUCGUCAACGCCAAGAGCAAAGUUUUGAUUCCGGGGCUGCCCGGUCACAAAGCUCCAGUAGUGUCGGCUCCACAGGGAACGGAAAAGAGGAAAAAAGACGCAGGCAACAAAGAGAUGUCCAUAGCGGAGCGGCUCGGUGAAAUAGACCUUGAAGCAUCUUCCAGCCAGAAAGGCGCUCCUAAAGCAACGGCCUCGCUGCAGACGGACAACUAUGCGGUCCUGCUGAUGCAGGGCUUGGAGAGCAAGGACGCCAACAUCCUAAAUAAAGUUUUCCAGACCCGUAAAGAGGCGGAAAUAAAAAAGACGGUUGCUCGAUUACCGCUGCCUGCUGUCAUACCGUUGGUUGAAGAGCUAACAACGAGGCUCCAGGGAAACCCUUUAGUGGCGUGUAUGAUGGUACGGUGGCUCAAGGCGGUCCUGGUGCACCACACAUCAUACCUGGCAUCCCUGCCGGACCUGGUUACCCAGCUGGGUGUCCUGUAUCACAUGAUCGAGAGCAGAGUGAAGAUGUUCCACAAACUGACAAAACUGCACGGGAAGCUGCAUCUCCUAACAACCCAGGUGGCAGCAAACGACGACAGAAACGCUGUGUCAGAUGUCGACCAUACAGCUAAACUGGUGUAUGAGGAAGAGUCAUCUGACGAAGAGGAGGCCUCUGGUGACGAAGCUUUUCCCAAUGAAGACUCUGAUCACUGGGAAGAAGAGGAGGCAAUGCAGGAAGACGAAGGUGAUGAAGAAGAUGAGGAUCCAGACAGCAGAACGGAGCCCAAAGCGAACGGAGACGAAGACAUGGAGCACGAAAAUGAGAGUGAAGAAGAAUGAGAACAAAACCAUUUCAAUGAUCCACAAGGACCUGAAAGAGUUUAUAUAUGAACUGUUGUUUUAUUUUCAAACUUUUUGAUUUUAUUAUCAGAAUAAAAAAUUAAGGGACACAUUUCAGGUAGGCCUUCCCUGCCUCUCCACGUCGGCUCGGCCGCUAAGAUCUCCAGCUUGUGGUUCUUCUCACCGACUGAGCAACGUUCAGUGAAACUACAACUGAUGGAAAUCCUCAACUGUUCUGCGCCAGCCUGCAUCCCAGCUCCACAUCCACCAUCAUAGAAAAGCUCGGCUGCUGCUCAGUUCGUUUUCUGCAUUCCUAAAUGUGUCCUUAAUAAGUAAAGUAUUAGAACAUUGUUUGUUCAUAGUAAUAUUAGUCUCUCUGACUGGUUUAAUUUAACUCUCUGGAGCAAACACAUGCAAGCUGAGCAUCGGAGUGGAGCUGGGAUGGAGACUAGCCUGGUUGUCAAGGAUACAGGAGUUGGGACUGCAGGGUGAGACCAUUCAGUCCCACACAGUGUAAAUCUAUAUGUACAGUGAAGUGUUUGUACGAGCUCUUCCCUCUACACAAAUCUUUGGAAUUAAAUGAACUUCUGUAAAGUCUCCUGAA